UGCUCAUAAUUCUUCUGACAGUGCUGUUAAGAAGCUGUGACUCAGAAUGGACAUGGGUAAACGAUUACGAUCAACAUUUCCGAUUUGAGUGUACAAUGGGUCAAUACCUAAGCGGCGUGCAGAGUGCUUUCAGCGACUAUCACCAUGACCGGAAAUUUAGAGUUCAAUGUACCCCUGAUUAUCGGUCCUAUAUUCAUUACUCCUACUGCAGUUGGACAGAUUAUGCUAAUGAAAUGGACAUGCCUUUAAUUUUUCAAUGCCGAGACGGGGGACUUAUAAGCGGAAUAGAGAGUUUCCAUGACAACCACUUCGAGGACAGAAAGUUUAAAUUUAAAUGUUGUCAUUAUAAAUAUAUGUGUACAUACGACUGCUUCUACACAGGAUGGUUGAACUCAUUUGGAGCAUAUUACAGUUAUGAAGUUCCACAUAACCAUUUCGUGAGAGGAAUUGUCAGUUUACAUAAUAAUGUCCCAGAAGACAGAGUCUUUGAUUUUGAAGUAUGUUCCAUUAACUUUGAUUGUGACCACACUUCUCCGACAACUACCACAUCUACCACCACCACCACCACCCCCAGACCUACCACCGCCAGAACCACUUAUGACGUGUUUCUGCUUUCCAUGGUGCAUGGAGACCCCCAGAAGUCUGUGCCGAUCUUAGGAAGAAGGUCACGUGCAUAAAAUCUUCGCAAAAAUUCUAUACUUAGAAAAUAAAUUUACCAGAAAUUAUCUAAAACUAUUUUUAACAAAAUAUA